CGGGAAUAAGAGGAGGCUCUGGCCACGCCCACACGAGCCUGGCACGAGGAGUACAAAUGUCAGACUUUUGACCGCCAACUCGCACUUUUACUUCUCCUGCCAGCCGCCAUGGCCCAAGCUCUGGACAUCGCUGGCCUGGACUUGGAGUGCGAGUUGAACAACACGGAGCAUUACAGCGAUCUCAACGGUGUGGAGCGCCUGAUCGUGAGGAGAGGCCAGCCCUUCACCAUCAGCCUGCACCUGCGCUCAGGUCGAUUCCAGCCUGGACUCAGCACUCUGGACUGCAUCGCACAGACAGGUCCCCAACCUUCUGAGCAGUACGGCACCCGGGCGUCCUUCGGUCUGUCUGCCGGCGUGGAUACUUCCCGCUGGAGUGCGGCCGUCAUCAGCCCCCCCGGGGACACGCUGGCCCUGUCCAUCUGCGCCGCCCCCGACGCACCCAUAGGACGCUACACCCUCUACCUGGGGACCUCGGCACAGUUUGACUUGGUCUUGCUCUUCAACCCCUGGUGCUCAGGGGACGCUGUAUACAUGGAAAAGAAGGAGGACUUGGAAGAAUAUGUCUUGUCUCAGGAUGGAAUCAUCUUUCGAGGCAACGCCAAACAUCCCAUAUUGACUCCAUGGAACUUUGGCCAGUUUGAAAGCGGAAUCCUGGACGUGUGUCUGCGGAUCCUGGACAUGAAUCCUAAAUGUCUGCGUAAUCCAGGCAAAGACUGCUCCGGCAGGAGAAACCCCGUCUAUGUGUCCCGAGUUCUCAGUGCCAUGGUGAACUGUAACGACGACAAGGGGGUUCUGCUGGGAAACUGGACGGAUAAGUUUGACGGGGGCGUGAGUCCCAUGUCCUGGAAGGGCAGCGUGGAGAUUCUGCAGAACUGGAACACGCGAGCCUGUCAGCCCGUCCGCUUCGGACAGUGUUGGGUGUUUGCCGCCGUCGCCUGCUCAAUUUCCAGGGCGCUGGGCAUCCCCUGCAGAGUGGUCACCAACUACUACUCGGCUCACGACGCCAACGGCAACCUGGUGAUCGAACGCUACAUCGACGAGCGCGGAGAACUCCUGCGCUCCAGAGAAAUGAUCUGGAACUACCACUGCUGGGUGGAGAGCUGGAUGACCCGACCCGACCUCGCCGCUUCUCAUUACCACGGCUGGCAGGCCAGUGACCCCACCCCUCAAGAGAAAAGUGGAGGGGUGUACUGCUGCGGGCCCGUCCCCGUCCGGGCCAUCAAGGAGGGGGAGCUCCUGUCCAAGUACGACGCCCCCUUUGUCUUCGCCGAGGUCAACGCCGACGUGGUCACCGUGAUGAAGAAGCAAGACGGCAGCACGUCCCAGGUGACCUCCACUCAGGUGGUGGGCAAGAUGAUCAGCACCAAGAGCGUCGGCAGCGACGCCCGGGCAGACAUCACUCACCUCUACAAGCAUCCUGAAGGCUCUGAAGAAGAGCGCGAGGCCUUCAGGAGGGCGGACCACCAGAACAAGCUGCUCCACCAGAAAGACAAGCAAGGCCUGCAGGUGGCAGUAAAAGUCUCCCCCGAGAUGAAGAAGGGCUGCGACUUUGACGUCUUCGCCGUGGUCACCAACAACACCCGGAGCGACAAGAAGUGCCGCCUGCUCUUCGGGUCCUGUGCCGUGUCCUACAAUGGCCUUCAGGGAGGGAACUGCGGCUUCAAAGAUCUGCUGAACGUGGAGCUCUCACCUGGCGCAGAGAGGAGGGUUCCACUGAGGCUGAACUAUUGUAAAUACGGAGCCAUGCUGACUGAGGACAACUUGAUCCGUCUGGCUGCUCUGUUGUUGGACUACUCCAGCAGUGAAGCAACUCUGGCUAUGAGAAAUAUCGUGCUGGACAAUCCUGAAAUGAAAGUCAGAAUCCUGGGCGAACCAAAGGAGAAUCGAAAGCUGGCAGCAGAGAUCACUUUGAAGAAUCCUCUGCCCGAGCCCUUGGAGAAUUGUUGCUUCAGCAUGGAGGGAGCCAACCUGACUGGAGGAAGUGUCCUCUCUGAGAGGCUGAGCUGCAGCGUGGCGCCCGGGGAAGACGCCAAGGUGAAAAUCUACUUCACUCCCAGCCACAGCGGGCUGAGGAAGCUGGUGGUGGACUUUGAUAGUAGGCAGCUGGGUCACGUCAGGGGCUACAAAAACGUCAUCAUUGGAAAAUAACGCAUCCUUUCAGACGUAAGACGCGAGUAGACGUGCAUCAUUGUCCACACCUGUAGCUGUUGCAGAGUGUACAGCAGGCAGGGGAUUCCUGGCUGGGUCUCGCGCGAGAGGAAGAGGAAGAGGGGAGGGUUGGUUAUUUUUUUGCAAAGCAGUCCGCUGAAAAUGAUGGUAAGCGCUCCACUCGACGUGGCAACUGACGCUGUGGUCAAAGUUGGAAUUGUCACCGAAACACAUUUGAAGAUAUUCCAGGGUGGUGUGUAAAGAGGGCGUGGCCAACUAUAUAUAUUUAUAUAUAUAUAUAUAUAUAUAUAUAUAUAUAUGUAUAUGUAUGUGUGUGUGUGUAUGUGUGUGUAUAUAU